AUGGCCACCGUGAAAUCUGUUGUCGUGGUUUUAGCUCUGGCUUUUGUGGUGUGCAGUGUGUGUGCAGAGAGCAGGAAGCUGGAGGAGAAGAAUGAGGCCAGCGGCGAGGUGAAGAAGCCGGAGUGGUUCUUCGGCAAUAAUGAUGGUUGGAUCGGUGGAGCAGCCGGUGGUUUCGGAGGAGGGAAAGGGUUUAGCUUUGGACACUCUUUUAGCUUCGGAAAAGGAGUGGGUUUCAGUUUUGGGUCUGGGACUCCUGGCGUUCAUGGUCUUCAGAAGCCUGACUGUGUAGGGAAGGGCGGUGGACGUAAGCAACACGAAAAGGGCAAAAAGCAUCACCACGGGGUUAUUGGAGGAGGUGGUGGAGGAGUUGGGGGAGGUGGCGGUAUUGGUGGGGGUGGCGGUGCUGGAGGAGGUGUAGGCGGCGGCAGUGGUGGCGGCCUUGGUGGCGGCGGCGGUGGUGGAGGUGGAAUUGGAAAAGGAGGUGGUGGAGGCAUUGGUGGUGGUGGCGGUGCUGGAGGAGGCGUUGGAGGUGGAAUUGGAAAAGGAGGUGGUGGAGGCAUUGGUGGUGGCGGCGGCGGCAUUGGUGGUGGUGGUGGUGCUGGAGGAGGAGGUGGUGGAGGCAUUGGUGGUGGCGGCAGUGGCGGUGCUGGAGGAGGCGUUGGAGGUGGAAUUGGAAAAGGAGGUGGUGGAGGCAUUGGUGGUGGCGGCGGCGGCAUUGGUGGUGGUGGUGGUGCUGGAGGAGGUGUAGGGGGUGGAAUUGGAAAAGGAGGUGGUGGAGGCAUUGGCGGUGGUGGUGCUGGAGGAGGCGUAGGGGGGAGGAGGCGUUGGAGGUGGAAUUGGAAAGGAGGUGGUGGAGGCAUUGGCGGUGGUGGUGCUGGAGGAGGCAUAGGGGGUGGAAUUGGAAAAGGGGGUGGCGGUGGCGGUGCUGGAGGAGGUGUAGGGGGUGGAAUUGGAAAAGGAGGUGGUGGAAUUGGUGGCGGUGGAGGUACUGGAGGAGGAAUUGGUGGUGGGAUUGGAAAAGGAGGUGGUGGAGGAAUUGGCGGUGGCGUUGGAGGUGGUGUGGGUGGUGGCAUUGGUGGUGGAGGAGGUGCUGGAGGCAUUGGUGGCGGGAUUGGGAAAGGUGGUGGUGUUGGAGGAGGUAUAGGUGGCGGGAUUGGGGGUGGUGGAGGUGUUGGAGGAGGCAUUGGUGGUGGAGGUGGUGGCGGCGGAGGAGUUGGUGGCGGAGCUGGUGGGGGAUUUGGAGGCGGCAUAGGCGCCGGUGGAGGGAUAGGAGGCGGAAUCGGCGGGGGAGGAGCAAAAGGGCCCAUCUUCAGGCCCAUUUCACACAGACAGAUAAAGCCCAUCUUCGUGUUCCCGCUCGAGCAAAACUCCUUCGAGGCUUCGUCCAGAAGAGCUUUAGGGUUUUCUCGGCUCCAGCUGCUGAGGCUUCCGGCGAAACCGCCCACCGACGACUUCCGGCGCGAUCCCGGCGUGCGCAACCGGUCGCUCCGCCCGUAG